AUGGAACUCGUCUAUCGGUUCCGCUCUUCUGCUGCAGCAAAUGUUGACUCGGCAACCCUUCAAUCUGCCAGCAUACGAGCUCUCUCUUCAUGGUCAGCUGUGAGUAACUUCAGGUUUAGAGUACCAACAUCGUUUAGAGAAAUUAAUGACAUUAUGAUGCGAUUCCACAGGCUCGUUCAUGGUGGUGGUAAUCCUUUUGAUGGCCCUUUAGGAGUUCUCGGUCAUGCUUCUGGACCAGAUGGUGAAGAGGCUCAUCUGGAUGCAGACGAAAACUGGAGCUCUAAUCCUGACCAAAGCAUGAUUGAUUUAGAAUCAUUAUGUCUUCAUGAACUUGGGCAUGUUUUAGGGCUUGGUCAUAGCUCGGACACAAAUGCAGUUAUGUUUUCUGGCAUUGGAGGUGGACAACAAAAGAGGAAACCAACUACAGACGAUAUUAAUGCGAUAAGUGCAUUAUAUAGUUGA